GCACUCUCCUGCGUAACAGGAACACCUGUUUUCUUCCGGUCGAUCUUUUCUCUCAUCUCAUCGAUAUACGCCGAGGUGUGGCCACAGGUGGAUAGAUAAUCAUAAUACCGAAGACAUGACGACAGUGAGCAUGCGUAUUGCUGCCAUGCUGUUCCGACUUCUUUUUGAUGACUAUCUUCUACAAGGCCAACAACGACAUUACCUUGGGUCCUUGGAAGCGUGUAACGUGGAAUGACAUCAAGAAGCUUCUUUCCAACGUCCAUGGCGAAGACUCACAGUCAUCCGAGCAUGAGAUACAAUGCGAGACUCUGACUAUUCGAAUUUCCAAGGCGCAGCUUCUUCUUACCGGCGUUCUGAUUAUUCAUGAGAGACGCUUGGCCUCAGCCACUAUUGCUAUCACCUCAGCAGGCAUCCUCGUCAGAGCUGAAGUGGAUGCAUGGGAUGUCGAAGACGAUAGAUAUAUCAUCAUCAACAAUGCCGUGCUGACUCUGAUGAUUGGCAGGGCUACGGCCGCAACUUCCGGGAAACCGAAGGAAAGCGCAAGCUCUGCUCCAGCACAGAGGGGCUGGAACGGUGGACUGGAAGUCGCGGGACAGAUGACUAUCAAGGAAGGUGUAUCAAAACCCAUCCACAUUCAGGUCACGCUUGCUAUAGGAAAGCAGAACAAGCAAUGGUACUGGGUUGUCUGUGGACGUAUGGAGUCUGAUAUCUCGUUGAGAGACAUUGUCUCAUCGGUCGACGAGAAUUCGGAGCUUGACGUCCGACUAAAGUCAGUAUGUCUUGUCGCCUCGAGUGUGAAUGAUCCAAAGGGCAACAUCAACUCCAAUGGAUAUGUCAUCAAGCAAGGCUUCUUCUUGUGGGCUACACUGGAGCAGAUUCCACUCAUCAAGAUUGGUGGAGCCGUGAAAGAGCCAGCGAAAGGCGAUACAACCCAGCUUGCGGUUGGUUGGGAAAAGGGCUCUGGACUUCCCAGUGUUUCGAUCAUGCUGCCACCGUCCAUGAAGAUUGAUAUAGGACCAUGCUUCAGAUCGAACAGAUUCGAGUUACAAAUAGGCAAUAAGAUCGGUGUAAAAUUUGUAGGAGGUUACCAGAUUCGUACAGAUGACCGGAGUGAAUGGCUGCAAUUCCAGCUUGCAGCGACCGUAAACCCUGAAAAGGUGUCUGGAGAGCUGAUCUUCUCUGGUUAUGUCAACAAUCCGUUUGGGCUCAGCAAACAAAUCACUAUCGGGCCAAAGCUUGCCGCAGCACUUUCCUUCAACUGGGUUCAACUAGCGACCACUGGUACGCCCAUGGGUGGUGGUAUCCUCGCAUCUUUCUACAUUGGUGAGAUAAUCCCAGCCAAUGCCUAUACAAAGGGUUUGUACAUCUGCGAGAACCCCAAAGAUAUGCUAAUCAAGGUCGACGCUCCAUUAAUGGAUUAUUACAAACUCAUAGAGUUUGUCGGCGCUGUUAUGGACCGAAAGGUUCCCGCAACAGACAUGCAGAUUCUACAGCUCAAAGAUGUCGAAAUCUAUGCCAGUCUCGGCGUAUCCUUUGCAAACGAGUACUUUCCUGCGGGCUUUCGAUUCAAAGGCACAAUCAUCGUGUUCGACCACGAGGCGGGCAUGGACUGCUCCUUGACCACUGAAGGCUUUCGCCUGAAAGCCUGGCUCCAGACGAUCGAACUUGGACCUCUCAAGAUAGGCGGUAACGUAGCUCUCCCACACAAACCCGGUGUGACUUUUGCAGUUCUCGACUUUGAGCUGAACUUGAAGACACAAAAGCUUUUCCUUAGCGGUUUCGUCGAGAUUUUCAGUCUCCGAGCGUCCAUCGACCUGUACAUACAAUUGAUGCCUGAUCCGGCUUUCUACUUCAACUUCCAGCUCAAGUGGAGUGAUUUGUUGAAUAUCAAGGCUCAAGCUUUCAUGGUCAGCAACACGCAAGAGAAGAAUUUGUCGAAGAGACUUGCCAGCGCAGACUGGACAAUCGACGUGGCUAUCGAGCAAACCAUAAUACAGCAAAUGGUGGAAACGAUCCGAAAAGCGCUGGAAAAGAUCCACGAGGCUGCCAAGGCGAAGAUUGAGUCGGCCCAAAAGUCAGUAGCUGAAACUGAAGCGAAAUACAAGGCGGCUAUUGAAGUCGCUCAAGCGAGCUUGACAGCCAAAAGUCUCGAGCUGAAGAAGAGGAACAACGCUCUGGAUCUGCAGAUCGCCGCAUUGGAUCAAGACACUGCAAAAGGAACAAGGUCUCGCCAACAAGAUAUCGACGCUGCAAAGAUACAUGAAACGAAUGACGUUCAAAACGCUGCCAUUACACGAGACAAGAAACUCAGUGAGAAGAACAAUGAGAUCAAUUCGGCGCAGAAUGCGUUGAAUGAUAAGGAGCGAAAUGGCCGGGACGAAACAAACAAUGUUCAGUCUAAACGAGAGGGGAGCAAACAAGACUUCGUGGCCAAAUUUGGCAAUGCCGAAGAGUCAAUCCAUAACGCUAUCAAUAACGUGAAGGAAGCAGAAGACUCUGUUGGGUCCAUUCGUGGAAAUAUCAAUGGUCUGGAAUGGCAGUUGACCAACCUGAACUGGAAGAAUUGGUGGCGCGGUCCAGACUUGACUAUCCAAAUCGGUGCAUUGAACGUCGCCUUAGGCUCGGCGUUGGCUGGGCUUGCCGUCGCCAAGGGAGUUCUCAGUCUCGCCGAAGAUGUUACAAAAUCGGCAUUGUUUCACCAGUUCAAAGAAGCAUGGGAAAAUGCCGUCAGAGUGUACGAGACAGUGGUGAACAUGGUCAGAAACGCGAUAAGACAGGCAAAGGAACAACUCGAAAAUCUCCAGAAGUUACGGCCAGCUGCAGAAAGCUUGCUCCACGGGGAUUACAACCGGGCAGUAUCGCAGGCAAAAGCUGUCGUCGUCGCGGCACAGAAGUCACACGAGGAUUACUUGCAGACCCAGAGCCGUGACUCUAAGAAGUUGAGGCUGCAGCUAGAAGCGCUGAAGAACAGUACGGAAGGUAUUGCCGUCACGGCCGCUGAAGGCGCAUUGGAAGUGGCCAAAAACAACAACAUCGCGUUCAAGGCUGCACACGAUAUCCUCAGCACUGUCAAAGCAGUCGAAGGCGCUAUUUAUGAGACCCUCGAUGCAACAAUUCAAGCCGCAGGAUCGAUAUGCGAUAUUAGAGUGGCCAAACUCAAUGGCACAUUGACGGCGGAUAAGCAGAAACAGAAGCCAUUCAAUAUCCAUCUUGAAGGAACGGUGCUUAAGAAACCUCUUAAGAUUGACGUGGCGUACACCCCAGGAGAGACGCAGGCGUUUCUAAAGAACAUGGCUGCGGAUGCAAUUAAGAAGAUCAUGUAA